GUGGGCGGGGCUCAGAGACCCAGGAACCCUGCAACAACCCACACAAAAGGGGGGCGACAGAGGAAUAACCCACUCCAAGAAGAGAUCUGCUCCAAAAUCGUGGACCCACCCUUACGAUAGGACUGCGGCCGAGGGAGACCGAGGAAUACAGUCUUCUCGAUCUUCCAUCCGUUUCGGAGUGAAAUCCGCAAGCCGCCUCCAGCAUCCGAGGAGGUGGUGGGAUGUGACCUUUUUCCUCCCCGUGUCGUUUCAGGUGCCUUGCCAAGGAUGAAGCGAUUCCUUUUCUGGCUCACGGCCCUUUUCUUCGCACAAGCGUACGGUGAAAGUAAAGGUAAUGGAGCUGGGACCGAACUGACACCCCAGUUCGGCGCGUAUCACCAUUCACCAUUGACGCACGCCAGGGGUGCGGCAAGACAAAUGUACGGAAGUGGAGCACUCCGAUCACCCAAUGUGCCGCCUAUCCAUCAGGGAGCUCACCCUUCACACUGGCCGAGUCAACCGCCCGUAAUAAUAAACCCGGUCCAUUACGUGCCGAAAUGGAUCUCAUCAGCCUACAUACCGAGGCCUUCGGACGUUUCACCUCUUUCAAGAAGCGGUGCCAUUCACAAGACCUCGGGCGGAGUGUACGACCCCAUGGAAGACGCGGAUAUCGUUAUGAACCAUCCCAGGCCUCCAGAAUUGGCUCCCAAUAUAGACAUCGAUCCUGAAGAAAGUGUGGAAGGGUGUGGAGGCUCAUGUAGAGGCGGGGAAUUUCUCUGUUCCAUCUCCUGCACUUGCAUCCCAUCCUCUUGGCGUUGCGAUGGUGAAUUUGAUUGUGUCAGAGGCGAAGACGAAGCUACGUGUAGCACCAUAAAGCAGCAAGUCUGCAGCAAAGACACGCAUGUCAGGUGUCCAAGGACUUGGAAAUGUAUCAAUAAAGAUUGGCUCUGUGAUGGGGACGAUGACUGUGGAGAUUUUUCAGAUGAAACACACUGCGAAGGUGUAUUAAUGAACUGUACUAACGAAGAAUUUGAGUGCGCAAAUGGCCUAUGUAUCCCACUUAGCUGGUUAUGUGAUGGGGAUAAUGACUGCAGAGAUUAUUCUGAUGAAAUGAACUGCACUCAGAAAAUGGAUUGUAUAAGUGAGCAUGAAUUCAGAUGUAGCGAUGGAGAUUGUAUUUCUCUGUCAUGGCGUUGUGAUUCAGAGCCGGACUGUUCAGAUCAGUCAGAUGAGGUCAUGUGCCCCGAGGUUAUUGUUCCUGAAUGUGGGCCUUCUGAAUUUCCUUGUGCUUAUCCAAGAUGUGUAAGGCAAGAGUUUCGUUGCGACGGGGACGACGACUGUGGAGACUGGAGCGAUGAAGACGACUGUCCGGAAGUCGUCGGUGGCCCGUGCACAGAACAGGAAUUCCGUUGUGAAAGUGGGAAGUGCAUAUCUAACAAAUGGAAAUGCGAUGGGGAAAAAGACUGCGAAGGAGGGGAAGAUGAGACAGGCUGUGAAAAAGCUUCUCCAAGACCUUGUGGUUCAGACGAAUUUGCAUGCCACACAGGAACUUGUAUAAUUGAAAUGUGGGUGUGCGAUGGUGUACAAGAUUGUCCUCAGGCUGAAGAUGAAGAAAAUUGCAAAGAGUUGUGUGAUCCGAUGACUCAGUACACUUGCCCCUUUGUUAAUAUUUCCUCACCACACCCUGGAACACAUUGCAUUAGGAAGAAACAAGUUUGUGAUGGCAUAAAGGACUGCUUAGGAGGAGAAGAUGAAAAACAAUGUCCAAAGCGAAAAGACUGUACCAAGUCCAGUAUACCAUGUCAACAAUUGUGUAUAGAAACGUACGAAGGAAAAGACGCAUGUACAUGUAAACCAGGCUACAUAUUGUCCGAAGAUGACAUAAAUUGUGAAGAUGUUGAUGAAUGCAGUUUUAAGACUGAUCCAGUCUGUAGCCAAACGUGCAAUAAUACGAUCGGCUCGUAUAAAUGUGGUUGCCACAGGGGUUAUGAAUUGAGACCUGAUGGCACUACCUGUAAAGCUAGAGGUUCUCCGCCUUCACUAGUUUUUGCAAACCGAAUUGAUAUCAGACAGGUAAGUCUGAACAGUUUUAAAUAUACAGCGAUAUUAAAAGGCCUCCAUAAUGCGAUUGCUCUGGAUUAUCAUUAUAAAAAAGGACUCAUUUUUUGGACGGACAUUUCAAUGGAUAUAAUCAGCCGAUCGAGGAUAAAUGGAACUAACAUCACUGAAAUUGCUAAAUCCGGUUUGGAUUCACCAGGCGGGAUAGCUGUCGACUGGAUUCACGACUUGUUAUUUUGGACGGAUUCUGGCACAAGGAGAGUUGAAGUGUCCAAUCUUGACGGACAGAUACGACAUGUUUUGAUAUCCGAUGAUAUUCAGAAACCAAGAGCGAUAGCAGUCCAUCCAGGAGAAGCGCUUGUAUUCUGGACUGAUUGGGGGCCGAAGCCUAAAAUAGAAAGAUGUGAAAUGGACGGUUCAAACAGAAUAGCUCUUAUUACGGAAUCUAUACAAUGGCCUAAUGGGAUGACAAUUGAUUAUACAAUAAAUAGAAUUUAUUGGUCCGAUGCUAAGCAUCAUGUUAUUGAAAGUUGUAAAUUUGAUGGAACUGAAAGAAGAAAAGUUGUUACAAAAGGCCUUCCUCAUCCAUUUGCUGUCACACUUUUUGAAGAUGCUAUAUACUGGACUGACUGGCGCACAAAAAGCGUUUCUACUGCCAGCAAGGCAACUGGUACUGGGUUUAGAACUAUUCAUAGUGGUUUAUUAUUUCCCAUGGAUAUCCACAGCUACCAUCCACAAAGACAGCCAUUUUAUACAAAUCACUGUGGAAAUGACAGUGGGGGUUGCUCACAUCUUUGCCUACCAAACGCAUUGAGCUUUCAGUGCAUUUGUCCUCUUGGAUUGAAACUUACAAAAAAUAAUAAGACGUGUGAUAAAACAACAGACCAUAUGCUGCUGUUUGCAAGAAUGAAGGAUAUUCGGCUCAGGUCAUUAGUAGAAGGCACUCCAAAUUACGACGUGGUAAUUCCAGUUGAAGGAAUAAAAUCAGCAAGAGCACUCACAUGGGAUAUAAGAUCCAACUCAAUAUUCUGGACUGAUAUUGAAACCAAAACGAUUUCAUCAUCGAAAAUCAAUGGGACUGAACAAAGAAGUAUUAUAAACAAAAAUUUAGAAACACCAGCCGGAUUGGCAAUUGAUUGGGUGACAAAUAAGCUCUAUUGGAUUGAUGCUGGUACUCUGAGGGUAGAGGUAUCUAAUCUUGAUGGAACAAUGAGAUCACUGUUGAUAUGGGACGGCAUAGAAAAUCCAAGGGAUAUCGUCUUAGACCCUCUAAAUGCAUUCAUGUACUGGUCAGACUGGGGGAGCCCUGGGAGAAUUGAAAAAGCAGGCAUGCACGGAGGAAAUAGGGAAAUAUUUUUAUCCUUGGGAAAUGGCUCAAGACCCAAUGGUCUAAGCGUUGAUUUCCAAACAUCUAGGCUUUAUUGGGCAGACUCAGGCACACAAACAAUUGAGUAUGCGGACCUAAAUGGAAAGAAGGCCUAUAAAAGAGUCCUAUUAUCUGAUGUUCCACAUCCAAUUGGGUUGACUGUAUUUCAAGACAAUAUUUAUUGGACUGAUUUGACGACAAACAGCAUUCAUAAAGCUAACAAAAUCACUGGGGAAAAUAGCCAAAUUAUAAGAAAUGGUCUUUCUGGGCUUAAGGAUAUAAUUGUUAUGGAGCAUGAUAUGAUUCAAAUAGUUCCAAAAUGUGAGCAUAACAAUGGUGGAUGUUCACAUCUUUGCCUCAUUGCACCUAAUAAAGAAGGCUAUGUAUGUGCCUGUCCUGUUGGAAUCAAACUCAAGGAAGAUAAUAAGACCUGUCAUAAAGCUCCUGAUAAAUGGCUGAUAGUAGCACACAGAACAGAAAUAUUGCAGAUAGCACUUGAUGAACCAUAUUCAGUGGAUGUAGUUUUACCAUUGCCACAGUUGACAGCUGCAGUAGCUGUGGAUGUUGAUAAAGAAAACGGAGAAAUUUACUGGUCCGACACUGCGGAAGAUGUCAUUCAAAAAGCAAAUUUUGAUUUUGGAGUUGCCACUAUUGUCUCUGAUGGGCUUGUAAUGGCAGAUGGAAUUGUUAUCGACAGUGUUGGAAGAAAGCUUUAUUGGACUGAUGCUGGAAACAACAAUAUUCAAGUUUGUGCACUGAGUGAUUGUGAGAUGCUGCGUAAAGUAUUGAUCUGGAACCAUCUAGAAAAUCCUCGUGCAAUUACAUUGAACUAUGACAUGGGCUUAUUAUUUUGGACUGACUGGGGAAAUCAACCCAAAAUUGAACAAAGCAAUAUGGAUGGUAAUAACAGGGUGACUUUGAUUUCUGAAAAGUUAGUGUGGCCAAACGGUCUUGCUGUUGAUAAGGGGCGAAUGUACUGGACCGACGCUAAGCUCGGUGUAAUUGAAAGCGCUUUGUUGGCUGAUACAACAAAUAGGACUGUGAUUUUAAACCAACUAUUACAUCCUUACGCACUUGUUAUUUUGGAUGAAUUCAUGUAUUGGACGGAUUGGCAUACCAACGCGAUUCACAGAGCCUACAAAAAUGGAACUGAUCAACAAUACGUUGUGAGACACAUCAAAGGGCCAAUGGAUAUCAAAAUUGUCGAAACAAAUUCAAAAGAUAAACUGACUGAUGUUUGCCAACCGAAUAAUGGAGGAUGCAGUCACUUAUGUCUGCGAACACCUAAGAAUUACAGCUGUGCCUGCCCUACUGGUAUCACCCUAAUGGAUGAUAAAAAGACAUGUAAGCCUCAACCAAAUGGUUACUUGUUAAUAGCUUCAGAUACAACUCUAUCUAGAAUAUCAAUGGAUACAAAAGAAAUGUGGUUGUUUUCUCUUCCAACGCCAAAUAUUGAAAAGGCCAUGGCAGUUGAUUUCCAUUGGAACUUGAGUACAAUAUUUUAUGUUGAUUUCCAGCUCAAUUCUAUCAAAGGGGUCAACAUGACUGCUUUGACGCAGACAUGGGAUAUAAUAAACAAUUUGAGCAGCCCGUCGAGUUUGGCGAUAGAUUGGAUAGCAAAUAAUUUAUACUGGGUAGAAACAGGAAUAAGUAAAAUUGUCGUUUCGAGGAUAGAUGGGUCGUUUAAAAAAAUUAUAAUAACAAGAGUGGAUGAUCCAAGAUGCAUUGCUUUGUACCCACAAAAAGGGUACAUUUUUUGGACCACUAUCGGUUUGAACCCACGGAUAGAAAGAUCAAAUCUUGAUGGGUCAUACAGAAAAAUAAUCCAUGGCACUGAACUCGGCAUUCCCAAUGGGUUAGCCAUCGAUUACCAGCUGAAUAAAAUUUUCUGGUCAGACUCACUCAACAACAAAAUCGAAGUAUCCGAUCUUAAUGGAAGAAAUAGAAUGCUACUUAUACCUAAAACAUCACAUCCAAUUGGGUUAACUCUUUAUGGUGAACAUAUUAUUUGGGCGGAUUUCCAUAAGAAAAAAGUUCAAAUGGCAGACGCAAUGACUGGAAGAGAUCAGACUGCAUUGAGGGGAACCAUUUCAGAUGUGACAGGCAUUUGUGCCGUUACGCCAGAAAGACAGCAAGGCCAUAACCCUUGUGCUGUUGAAAAUGGUUACUGUACCCACCUAUGCCUCUUUAGAGGGAAACGAGGAUAUAUCUGUGAGUGCCCUGACAUUACGGAUUCAAAAUGUUCCACAGAACCAGCUCAAUUGGUGCCAAUAACAAAUGAAGAAGAAUUGGAUGAUAUCGACGAAGAAGGGUUGCCCGAAGAUUCAAAUUUCAUGGGAAAUAGUUUCAGUCAAAUUGUCCUUUCUCUUUGCAUGGUGCUCGGAACAUGCAUUAUCAUUAUUAUAUUUUCAUUUUCACAUAUAUAUUUAAGGCGAAAUCGAAGGGCAGAAAGAAAAUACAUUUACAACGUAGGAAGGAGUGUGCUAACCUUUUCAAAUCCGAAUUAUAAUGCUUCGGCUACAGACAUAAGGAAUCCGACAGCAGACAAAAAGCCUCCUUUUUUAUGGAGAAAACUGAGAUUUGAAAAAUCACAGGAAAGAGUUUUUACUGUCCAUGGUGACAGUGACAAAGCAGGGUGUGCAGAAGUUGUUUCAUUAAUCCCAGUGCCACAUUCACCUUGUCCUUCCCCAACCCCGACUAGUUCUAUAACACUUGAGGCGUCCACAUCAAAUUGUUAAAUUUUAGAAAUGGAAUGCAAAAAUUUGUAAUUGUUAUAUUUUAUAACUCUCAAAUUUCAUUAAGAAUGCAAAAAUUAAAGCGGAAUGUGAAAAAUAAUUUUUUUUAUUUACAAUAAAUGACAAACUAGGUAAGGUAAUUUGUCAUGUGGAUAUGCCAUUGUUGUAUUUUUAAAGAUAAAAUAGUAAAUAAGUUGCACAUUGAUAAGAAUGAUUUAAAAUCAAUAUCCUUAAUUGAUAGAUAAUGGCCUCUUAUUGUUUAAAAUAGCAACAUGGCAAAAAAGUGAAAUUCUCAUGGUCAUAGAAUCUUUAACUGAAUACAUUACAUUAUGAUCAGAUAAAGAUGAAAUUUCAUUUUUAAAAGUUGUGUAAUUAUUUUGAAUGUAGUUUAACUAAUUACAGUGCAUUCUCCAGAAAAAGAUAUACCACUUUACAUUAUCAGCUUUUAUAACUAAUGCCAGGUUACUAUUUUAAUUUUGUUAAAUGUAAAUUGAACAAAAGGAUAUACGUUUUUGUGAA